AAACUACACUACUACUUCCCGAUGUCAUACACGGAACGUUUAAAGGCCGACGCCAAGACUUUGGUCCUCUUUUGCCAAGGCUCUAUUCCAGAAGCCUCUAGACAUUAUUCAUAAUCAGCCUCGUCCUUCGCCCUUCGUCAUUUAAUCAAUUUCCAUUUUUAAUACCUGCGACUACACAUCUCACAUCUUUACUCAGCAGCUAAUACGUACGACACAUUGAAGCCUCCUCGAGAUCCCCGUAAAUAUUCACAUCCUUCAUCAUGACUUCCUCAUCAAAUUCAGAAGCUCCCGAAGACGCAUCUUUCAGCACCAUGGACGAAAAAGACCCAACAUUAAUAGGAGUUCACUGCCAAUACGAAUAUUGCAAUCAACUUGAUUUCCUCCCAUUUCGUUGUGAAUCAUGCCGGGGUACAUUUUGUCUCGAUCAUCGAACAGAAUCCGGUCACCAUUGCUCACGGCCUGGAGAAUGGGCAGCCAAGCGCAGGCUUGCCAAUCAAUCUAAGCAUUCACUGGGGGAAGGGAAGAUGAUGGCAGAUGUCGAAAAACCAUGCGCAUCACCGACAUGUAAAACGACCAUUGGAACGAGUUUAUCAACAGGUGUACAUUGUUCUACAUGUAAUCGCGAUUACUGUCUGAAACAUCGAUUGAGGGAAGAUCACGAUUGUAAAAACCUCAUACCAAUUGGUGCAAGAGUCGGCAGAUUCAAUGAACAACAAGCAACAGCAAAAUUAGCCUUUGGAAAAUUGAAAGCUUGGGGAGCGGCACAGAAAGCAAAGGUUGCGUCAACUCGAGUCCUACCUGAACCCAAACCUUCAUCUGCAGCUGCAAGAUUGGUAGCAGUCAACCAACUUAAAAAGACGGCAAAAGGGGAUGCGAAGAUACCUCCGGAAAAGAGAGUAUAUAUAUACGUGGAUGCAGAAGCCGCGACGACGACUUCGAAAUUUCCUAGUGGUGCCUUCUUUUACUCGAAAGAUUGGGUGAUGGGUCGAGUUUUGGAUGCAGCGGCAAAAGGACUUCAAGUGGAAAAUGUCAAUAAUCAAGGAAUCGAUGAGAGAUCAAAGCUUAGAAUUUUUCAUGUUGAAGCUGGAAGGUUAUUGGAGUUUAAUGAAAAGGUCGGAGAUGCUUUGGUUAGUGGUAAUCGUAUAGUAUUGUUAAGAGGAGUCGGGCCAGCUAUACCUGAUCUUAUUGUGGCAUGAUUUUCUUCAUACAUAUUGAUACUAUUCGGAGUAUUUGGACUAUUUGGACUAUUUGGGAGGGCAUGGUUGCAAAUGAGCGAUUUGAAUGAUACCAAUACUAUAGGAAUUGCAUGGGUUGCAUAGGAUAGGAGUUUGGGUGACCUAGGCAUUCAAUAGAUCAAACUCGAGUAAUAGAUUGCGAGGAAAUCAGUCCACAACUUUAUCUCACCAUUUAAUCUCAUUGAUCAAUUUGAAAUUCGA